GGUACUGGGACUUCACUGGGACCCCGACGGCGAUUCAUUUACCUACCAUACUUACUCACACGAUUGUAAACCUACAAAAAGAUCUGUUUUGUCCGCUAUUGCUAGACUGUUCGAUCCGGUCGGUACAUUAGGUCCAUCCAUAUUAUGGGCCAAGAGUCUUAUGCAGCAAUUGUGGCACGCUAAGCUUGAGUGGGAUACUCCGUUACCAGUAGAUAUGGCAAAUUCAUGGAAUCGUUUUAUAAAUGAGCUCCCACGAUUAAAUUCUAUUUCAUUGCCCCGACAUAUUGACGUUCGUAAUUAUAAGGAAAUACAACUCAUUGGCUUUUCAGACGCGUCGGGAAAGGGUUACGCCGGUUCUAUUUACUUGCGAGUUGUUCAUCACACAGGUGAUAUAUCCGUUUAUUUCGUCACGUGCAAAACCAAGGUAGCGCCAUUAAAGAAUGGUGACGCUAAUACAUCUAUGCCUCGACUGGAACUAUGCGGCGCUCUCUUAGUUGCUCAAACAUUGCAUCGAGUAUAUAACUGUUUAAUGUCCGAAAUAUCAAUUUCUGCCAUUCAAGCCUGGACAGACUCAACUGUAGUUUUAGCAUGGUUAAAGACUGACAAAAAGGAUUUCAAAAUUUUUGUUACCAAUCGAGUAGCCAAAAUACACAGUUUAUUACCGAAUUGUAAAUGGGAGUACGUUAACACGAAGGAUAACCCCGCUGACCCGGCAUCUCGUGGGUUAUUACCAUACAUGGUGUUAUGUAAAAUACAUAUAGACGGUCCGGCAUUUCUACGUCUACCUGUCAAACAAUGGCCGCUGC